CUUACCAAAUUAGAUCACAUAUAAGGAUAUUUUGACCCAUAAAUUUUAUUAAAUGAGAAGGAGAGACAAAAAUUAAACAGCAAAGGAACAAAAGUGCAAAUGACACUUAUAUGUCCAAUUUUGACUUUCCCCUUUCUCCGCAUUUCGAAAGAUGACAUUUUGUGAAGUUUUCCCUCUCAAACCGAUUUGCCCCUACUGUAUUUCCAUCACAAAAUAAAAACCUAGUACACCAUCUGUUUGCGAAAAUGCCGCAAAGAAACUCUCGAGAUCAAGAAAAACCAACACCCGCUCUCAGAAGAUCUCCGCGCUUUACUACUGCCACUGCUACUGAGAUUUCUGCUAACAAAUUCCACAAUAAACACAUUGAAGUUUCACAAAGCUCCGUAAAAUCGAGUACCAAGUUGAGAAGGUCUCCAAGAUUGAGUACUGUUGAUCCACAGAAUAAUGAUGAGGUUAAUAAUAAUAUAGAGAAAAGGGUUACUCGUAGUUCUACUCGAGAUACACCUGGUCGUAGAAUGCCAAGCUGUGAAUCCACUGACAAUUCAGUUGAGAAAAGAAAUAGGUCAAGGUUCCCUAAAAAUGCUCAGGAAACUAGCAGUCGAAAAUCUUGCGUAUCGAAAUGCACAUUAGGUGAAGUAUCGGGGUGUAGAGAGGGCGAUAAUGGGACCGGAAAGAAACAGGCACGAUUGAAGAGGAAGAGAAAUCAAGCAACAGAUGAGAUUGGUUUUGCUAAUGGGUGGACAAACGAACAAGAGUUGGCGUUGCAAAGUGCUUAUUUUGCGGCAAAGGCAACGCCUAAUUUCUGGAAGAAAGUUGCUAAGCUGGUGCCUGGAAAAUCAGCAAAGGAUUGUUUUGACAAGAUACAUUUGGAUUUCAUGACCCCACCUCAGCCUCAACCACGUUCAAGGGUUAAAAAGAUGAAUACAUCAUCACUUUCUCCUUGUGCAACUAAAUUGCUCCAGUCCACAGAGAAAAAUACAAAGAAGCGGAGAUAUAGCAAGCCGAAGAACCAUCUCUCACGCAAGGCUGUGAGACAACUAUUGCAAAAACAUACUAAUAUAGAUCGAGAUAAGGAAGCAGACUUCUUCAAUGCUCUUGAAUCAUCAACAGUUUGCCAGAACACAAGUUUUUUCACCCCGGAGCGCAACAAAGAAGGUUUGCAUUAUCUUAGAAAGUGCAUGGAGAGAUCGUCUUCAGCCGAUAAAAAGCACCUUUCCAGAUUAAGUGGUUCAUCAGGAGCAACUCUUUUCAGCCCACCAGUUCUAAAGCCAAUUAAGAACAAGGCCUUACAUGAGAGGUAUGUUGAUCAGCUACAUUGCAGGGAAGCAAAGAGAAAGGCAGCCACUUCAAGGACAGCAAAGGCCCACCAAAAUAAGAAUGAUCACAAGAAUGAGAAUGUCAUAAAAACGGAUGUGAUCAAAGCUGCGAAAAAUGCUCUAAUAUCUGAAGCCAGAGAUGCAAUCAACCAGUUUCAAAAUUUGCAGACAUGUGCUAUUAACAGUUUCAAUCAUGAUGGUGAUGAUGAUUAUGAUGAGAAUCAUAAUUGUGAUGAUGACGAGGAUGCCUGAUGAAAGGUGGAGGACCUUGACAUUUUCGCCCCAUGAUGCUGAGUCACAUUUGUGUUACUCGAUUUUCAGUAAGCUAACCCAAAUUGUAUCACAGAGCUCGUGAACCAAAUUCUCCACUUGGAGUUGGGAUUCAGUCAGUCUCAGGAACAUUUCUGUAAUAAAGCUUGUUGUGUAUAUGUGAAUCUGAGUCUCUUGAA